ACUGCUCAUUCAACAUUUUUUCUCAACUUUCGCUUCUCAGUAAUCAUUUGGCUUCUUAUGUCAUUUUUGCAGCGGAGCCAGUGAUUGAAAAAGUUGUGGCUGAAAUUGCAUCUUCCGGAGAUGGCUUGGAACUGACGUUUAUCGAAUGCACUGUAGGUAUGCGGAAUGACUGGAAAAAUCAGUCGAAUCCUUUUCGGACUAGUGCAGACUUCGAACUGAAGGAAAUACCCACAUUGAUGGAAUAUGGACAAAAGGCAAAGAAAUUGGCUGGUAAGCAGUGCGCCAAUGAAGCGCUAGUAAUAGAGCUUUUUCACGAAGAUUAA